CACAAUGUGAAGACAUCGCCAUGGUCCCGGCUCAAGAGUUGUCCAGCAUUCUGAAGCAAGGCUACCUGGAGAAGAAGCGCAGAGAUCACAGCUUCUUCGGUUCGGAGUGGCGGCGUCGAUUCUGCGCGCUGAACACCAACAUAUUCUACUACUACGGCAGUGAGAAAGAUAAGCAGCAGAGAGGCGCGUUCUACGUGCACGACGCCUACCUGCUUCAAAACCUCCGGAAAGAUCCCAAGAAAAACUGUUGUUUCGAGGUGAAGAGUGUGGACAGGAAGGUGUACCAGUUCACUGCUCUGAGCGUGCGGGAGGCCAAGGAGUGGGUGGAAGACAUCUUGUUUGUGUUGAAAGGAUCUCCGGCUGCUAUCGACAGCUCGGAUUCAGCCACCGCUCUGAUUAUGAUGGGUG